UUCAGUUUGCUUCUUCAUCUUUCUCUGAAAUCUCUGCCUUCAAAUAAUCACCACCCACAUUUGAUGGAAUAUAGAUAUCUAGGCAAUUCUGGACUCAAGGUCAGCGCGAUUGGGCUCGGAUCUUGGGUUACCUUUGCCGGUCAAAUUGAUGCUGCUACGGCUGCUGAUUGUAUGCGUGUUGCCUUUGAACAUGGUAUAAAUUUCUUCGAUGUGGCUGAAUCUCAUUCAGGUGGCCAAGCCGAAAUUGAUAUGGGCUUGGCGAUUCGAAAACACAAUUGGAAGCGGUCUGAUUUUGUAAUUUCAACCAAAAUCUUUUGGGGAGGAAAAGGUCCAAAUGACCGUGGCCUAUCGCGAAAGCAUAUCAUCGAAGGUUUAUCCGCCUCACUCAAUCGUCUUCAGCUGGAUUAUGUCGACAUUGUCUAUGCCCAGAGACCAGACAUUGAUACCCCCAUGGAGGAGACAGUACGUGCAUUCUCAUGGUGCAUCGAUAAAGGCAUGGCCCUCUACUGGGGAACCAGUGAAUGGCCUGCAUAUUUAGUGACGGAGGCUAUCGCAGUUGCCAAGCGACUUGGCUUGAUUGAGCCUAUUGUUGAGCAACCUCAAUAUAACAUGUUCCACCGCGACAGAGUGGAAAAAGAAUACUUACCUCUCUAUGACAUUCAUAAGCUGGGCAUCACAACCUGGUCGCCGCUUGCUUCCGGCGUUUUAACUGGCAAAUACAAUAAUGGGACUAUACCACCAAAUGCUCGAUUAGCCAUCCAAGACCAUCCAGUAAUGAACCGUCUUCGAGCUGGAUUCUUUAGCGAAGAAGGAAGACGAAAAGUUGAAAAAGUUAAAAUGCUAGUGAGGAUUGCACAAAAACUCAAGAUAACGCCGGCACAACUUUCCAUAGCAUGGUGCUUGAAAAAUCCUAGAGUUUCCUCCGUCAUAACAGGAGCAUCCAAGCCCUCGCAGGUCGAGGAAAAUGUCCAAGCUAUUCGCUAUGUCCAUUUGCUGACGGAUGAAGUGAUGGCGGAGAUCGAAACGGUGUUGAGUAAUCGACCAGACCCAGCAUUUAACUUUAGGCAUAGUUGAAGUGUGACUACUUUUUAAACGUCAUAGGCUAAUCAAGUUAAAGCAUUAAAAAACGAAUCCAAACGUUCUCCCCACUGUAAUCUCUUUUCUCAACUCAAACCACGA